AUGACAGAUUCUCCAUCAACUGCUCAGAGCCCAACGGUCUUGGCCGCAGAUCUGGCAGUCCCUUCUCAUACCGGUGUCGAUACUGACGAGGGAGAUCAAGAAGGCUCGCCGGCCUCUACCUCCAUCACCUCGAAUCAGGACAAGCUCAACUCCCGCGCCGAGUUCGGUAGUCUUGACGUGUGUGAGGUCCUAGACCAGGACUCCCGCCCUACCUUUGUCCUUGACCUUGAUCCCGAUGUUCACGUCCCAUCUCCAUCAAACGGCCUGGAUCCUAUUUUCAGCAAUUCAGCCCUUCGUCUCCACGAACGUCUGAGCGAUGUGAUCAUUGGAAAUAGAGGCCAGAUCGAGCCCAAUACGGGUGCUACCUACCAGGACUUUCGUUCCUGGACCAUUGGUGUCACCAAACAUGACGACAGCCGGGAUUGUUUCCCCUUGAGCUUCUUGUAUGCUGACAUGCUAUGGACCGGCUCUACCGUAAGGAAACGUUGGCGACUAAUCAGCGGCAACCUUUGGAAUCCAGGCAUUCCUAUCCGCGAGCUGUCUCUUUCCUCGAGUCGCCCAUCCCGCGAGUCCUCUGAGUUAUCGGCCUCGAGACCCUCCGUCAUUGCAACAGCGGAUAGUAACAUCAACACGGCUCAAACCAAGAAUUCCUCGAGGCAAGCAACUAACCGAAAUUCUGGCACAAACCCCAAGGAUAUUGUGACCAACUCUAGCAGCACUGGCGACUCAUCUCAGAGUAAAAGAUUGGUGCUUGCAGCACCGGCCAAGGCGUGUCCUGACUGGACUGAGCCCCGCCCAAAAGGCGUCAUCACAGCCCAUAUUGCCUUCGCCAGAUCUAUCCGCUGGGAAUCAACGCCUCUAGGUCCAAUGAAGAAGUGGUCGCCCGAGUUACGACAGAUCGUGAAUCUCGUCAUGAGCAACCCUUUCCCGACUUCCUUGUUCUGGGGCGCCGACCUGACGAUGCUGUACAAUGAGGCGUACGCCAUUGAGGUGGCUGGCCACAAGCAUCCGAAUCUCAUGGGAACUGGCUUUUCUGGUCCAUUCUCAGAAGUUUGGGACUCGGUCGGUGAUCUGUUUGCAGAAUGUGCUCGGACCGGAGUCAGCAUUCGAAAAGAAGACGAUUACAUACCAAUUCAUCGUCAUGGUUUUUUGGAGGAAACCUUCUACUCUUGGUCAUGGACGCCGCUGUAUGGUGGCUCCAAGAAGAUACUCGGCUUCUACAAUGCCCCUUUCGAAACCACGCAGUCGGUUCUUAGUCAUCGUCGGAUGCAAACCGUCAACAGAGUCGGAAUCAACGUCUCCAAGGCAAAGGGAAUCAAGCAGUUCUGGAAACUGCUACUGGAAGCCCUGGAUGACAACCAUUUCGAUGUUCCAUUCGCACUCCUGUAUUCUGUUGGUGAUACCGAAGAUAACGAUCAAUCCUCCAUUUCAUCUAGUAGCACCAUGUCGAUGAAGAGUUGCUUCUAUGAAGGAUCCAUAGGUAUACCCCUGGGCCAUAUUGCAGCGCCUCAUCAGCUGGACCUGAAGCGUAGCCGCGAAGGCUUCGUUCCUUCGUUUCGCGAAGCAAUGCGAACUCGCGAGCCCACAUUACUCCAUACCCGAGAUGGCAGCCUUCCAGAAGAAUUACUGGACGGGAUUCAAUGGCGCGGUUUUGGCGAACCCUGCGACAAGGCGGUGAUAUUUCCCGUCCGGCCCACCAACGGAGAAACAGUCCUUGCCUUCCUGGUACUUGGCGUGAAUCCUCGCCGACCGUACGACGAUGGCUAUAGGGCAUUCUCUAGUAUGCUGAAUCGACAACUGGCAACAUCACUGGCCUCCUUUAUGUUAUUCGAAGAAGAAGUUCGUCGCAAUCGAGAUGCUGCUGAAGCGGCGGCACUAGAAUCCGAACACUUGACUGAACAGCUGGCACUGCAAACCAAUCGCCUGCGACGGAUGACGGAGCUUUCACCACUGGGAAUGUUCCUAUUCGACCCGGACGGUGUGCUGCGUGAAGCCAAUGAUCGAUAUCACGAGAUGACGGGCCACCCUCGCGAGACUACAUAUGAGAUGUCCUGGAUGGAGCAGAUCGAAGAAGGUAGCAGAAAGGCAUCGGAAGAAGGUUGGCACCGAAUGAUUGUGGAGCAUCAACCUUGGACAGCUGAGCUGCAGCUCAAGCGACUGCUGGUCAAGCCGGUUGACCUCGACGGUGAAGAUAUAGAGUACUGGGUCAUGAUAACCGCCCAGCCCGAGUUCUCUGCUGACGGCUCUGUCCGAGCAAUCAUGGGCUCAAUCACGGAUAUUUCUCACCUCAAAUGGGCACAGGGCCUACAAAACCUGAGGCUUCAGGAGGCAGAAGAGACCAGGCGGCAACAGAACGAGUUCAUUGACAUAACAUCCCACGAGAUGAGAAACCCUUUGAGUGCUAUCCUUCAGUGCGCCGAUGACAUAAUGGCAACCCUGAAUUCCAAGCGUGCGACAGCCCAGAAGCCCUCUCUGCAAGACGUGGAAAGCUGUCUGGAAGCAGCACACACAAUAUCCAUAUGUGUACAGCACCAAAAGUCCAUUGUUGAUGACAUUCUUACUGUCUCAAAACUCGACUCUAGUCUCUUGGUCAUUACACCCGUUGCAGCGCGUCCAACCGAAGUGGUCAAAAGAGCUGUUCAGAUGUUCGAGUCGGAGCUACAAGCCAAAGAUAUUAGGAUGGUUCAUGAGGCAAGGUCUUCUUUUGAAGACCUCGCAGUGGAGUGGGCCACUUUUGACCCAAGCCGCGUCCUUCAGAUCCUGAUCAACCUGAUUACCAACGCCAUCAAGUUCACUGCUGCCUCGACUACACGCAAUAUUACAGUAUCAGUAGACGUGUCGCGUGAGCCCCCGAUAACUAAUCCCAUACCUGACUUCCAAUACAUUCCGCCCAAGACGGUCAAUUCUAAUGUUAUAUCGGGCGAGGAAUGGGGCAAUGAUGAGGUUCUCUAUCUACGGUUCAAAGUACAGGAUACGGGCUGUGGAUUGACUCCCGAAGAGAUCAAGGUUCUCUUUACAAAAUUCUCGCAGGCUUCGCCACGCACUCAUGCACAAUAUGGAGGAAGUGGCCUCGGCCUCUUUAUUUCGCGCCAGCUUGCAGAACUUCACGGUGGACGCAUCGGUGUGUCUUCGAUAGCGGGGUCGGGCAGUUCGUUUGGCUUCUUCAUUGCAGCUCGUAGAGCAUCGUCGCCUGCUAACACGGAUGCUGGUGCUGCUAUUGCGGCCAAUCUCGAGCUCGAGGUCGGCCAGGAAUCACUCACACAUCAAGUGACACCCCAACGUCAAGACCUCGCAGCGCCGGGCCCCGUAGCCGACCUCAUCGCGACCAAAGCAGUCCCUAAAUUUGAUCCCCACGAUCUAGAGAUCUUGGUUGUGGAAGACAACCUUGUGAAUCAGACAGUGCUUGUCAAGCAGCUUAGAAAGCGUGGCAUCGGGGUGAAUACAGCCAAUGAUGGCCUGGAGGCCCUCGCAUUCCUGGACGACACCGAGUUUCGCAAGGUUGGCGGAAAACGCCUCUCGGUGAUCCUAAUGGACCUUGAAAUGCCAAAUAUGGAUGGAUUGACCUGUGUGAGAGAGAUUAGGAAGAUGGAAGUGAGUGGCGCGAUUAGCGGGCAUGUACCAGUCAUCGCGGUAACCGCAAAUGUGAGGGAUGAGCAAAUCGCCAUUGCAAAAAGAAGUGGCAUGGACGAUGUUGUAAGUAAACCGUUCCGCAUCCUGGAACUUCUUAAAAAGAUCGAAGCGCUGCUAGGUGAAGUACCUGAACAAAACUCAGUUGCUUCAGGGGCGAUAGAUACCAAGGAAAAUUGGUAG